AUGGCUAUAUUACAUCACGUCGAAUCAGGGGACAUCCUUGAUGUUCUCAUCGUCGGCGCUGGUAUAUCAGGUAUCAAUGCCGCCUACUACUUGGCCACGCAGGGCCCUCAAGAGCAGACGUACGCGAUCCUUGAAGGCAGAUCAGCAGUCGGCGGAACCUGGGAUCUGUUCCGUUACCCAGGCAUCCGGUGCGACUCUGACAUUCUGACUUUUUCCUUUGCUUGGAAUCCAUGGCAUGGAGACAAACUUCUGGUUGGCGGGCCUGAGCUUUGCGACUACAUGAGGCAAUCUGCCGAGAUGAUUGGCGCUGAUAAGCACAUCGAGUUCAACACUAUGGUCCGAUCUGUUUCAUGGUCCUCAAAUGAGUCGCUAUGGACUAUCAAUGCAGUCGUAGAUGGCCAAAGACAGCAAGUGUACAAAUCCCGAUUUGUCAUCCUUAGCACGGGCUACUAUGAUUAUCACAAUCCCCAAGACCACACCAUCCCCGGCCUCAAGACUUUCAAAGGCGACGUUGUGGAACCGCAAUUUUGGCCGGAGGAUCUGGACCUCGAGGACAAGGACGUUGUUAUCGUUGGUAGUGGCGCCACGGCCGUUACUAUUCUUCCCAAUAUUGCUGCCAAGACGAAACACACAACCAUGUUGCAGAGAAGCCCUACCUAUAUCGCCACUGUUGCGAAUAGAAUCCCUUCGGUGGAUAGAAUAGCCAGGGCAUAUCUCCCCGCACGUCUCGCCCAUUGGGUCAGUCGGAUGUAUCACAUGGUCAAAUCUCGCGCUUCUUACACCUAUGUAUUGAAGAACCCAGAGAAGGUGAAGAGCGCGAUAAUGGCUGCGACAGAGAAGCAGUUACCUCCCCACAUCUCGGUAGAGCCUCACUUUUCCCCGAAAUACAAUCCAUGGGAGCAGAGACUGUGUGCCUGCCCCGACGGUGAUUUCUGGGCAGCUCUACGAUCCGGAAAGGCAAGCGUGGUCACCGAUGAGAUCGAUCGCAUCUCCGAAACUCAGAUCCAUCUGAAGUCUGGAGAGGAUAUAAAAGCGGACGCCCUUAUCCUCGCCACUGGCAUCAGGCUCCAAUUUGCUGGUGGGAUUGCAAUCUAUGUCGAUGGUGAGCUCAUUGAGCCAUCCCGUAAGUUUGGUUGGAAGGGCUGUAUGGUCCAAGAUGUACCGAACCUGGCGUUCAUUGUUGGAUAUACGAAUGCUUCGUGGACACUUGGCGCUGAUGCUUCCUCUCACCUGCUCAUGAGACUCUUGAGGACUAUGAAGGCGAAGUCAACUGCGUCAGUUACGCCGAGGGUGCCGAAGGAUGCGGAUAUGAAGGCCGAGCCCUGCUUCAAGUUGAGUUCCACGUACAUGAAGAACACUUUAGACGUUUUUCCUAAAGACGGGGAAGGUCAAUGGAGGUUCAAGACCCAUUACAUGUCUGACAUGUGGGACGCGAGGUGGGGUGACAUUAUAACUAAUCUCGAGUUCCGCUGA